GCCAUGGUUACAUUACAACAAACAGGAAGGCCAACUUAAGCAGUGUUAGCUUAAUUUGGUGAGCUGUGCUAACGCUGCAUUGGCUGUCCCGUACUUCUGUAGUAAUGACUGAGCAAACGAAGCGCGGACCAGUGGGGGUUCGGUUUAAUGAGCAAGGGAUGAUUCUUCCACACAGCAUCCUGGGUAGCUUAGAGGACUACAGAAGUUAUCUGGAGGCCAAAGGGGAGAGAGAGUUGGUGAAGCGAAUAUCAAAGUUUCCUGGAGAUCCUCCAUGUGAGGCCACAGAAAGACGUCACUCAGAUGCUGUAGAAAAGGGCACUCCGUCAGGCCAAAGGAACAUCCAGGGUAAUGCCUUACAGAAUUGGGAUAAACACAUGAAGCAUCGCAGACGGCAGCAGGACUUCUUAUCUGAUUUGCUCCAUAGACCAGUCAAAAACUUACUGAUGAACCAAGCCAACCAUUUCAGAGAAAUCCAGGAGCAGAGGGAGUUUUUAAGCCAAGUCUCGCAACUCAUCCACUCAGGAUAUGGUUAUCGUGUGGGUAGUGAGUUCUGGAGUCUCCCACAGCGUUAUGGAGAUGAAAUGAGUGGUAUUACAGCCACUCUGACUCAGACUGAGCAGGGCAGACGAAAAUCCCUCACACGGAUUGGACAACCAUCGAUCAUAUGCCAAGAAUCAGGAAUCAUUUGUGCUGAGACUCUACGCCCAGCUUCACGAACUUGGAACCAGAGUGCAUACCUGCAACACCAGCAACUUAAGGAGGUUUUACAGGAAAUGGACCUAAAAAAGCCAGAAAUCAGUGAACUGGAGGUGAUUGGCUCUGACAAAGCAUUCCACAGCCCUUUAUUGGAGAAAGAAGAAGAAGAGGAGAUGGAGAAUAAGCAGGACCUUGAUCCCCUGGUACAACAUGAAGAUGGUCAGUUAGAAGUUCCUGCCCUGAGUUUCUGUGGUCAGCUCGCUACCUGGACUGGAAACUGUCUCACAAAGCAGGACGAAGUAGGAAUUAGUGCUACAAUAUUCUUUGAGACUCUGACUGGAGAAAUAGCCGCAUCCCACAUGGACCUACAUAAUGAGGGCGGCACCGUCAUCUUCUACAGCUGGCAGCAGCGUCCCAUGCCAUACAGUUUCCCUAAUCUGCAGUCACACGCCCAGAAGCCACACUUCUACUUUGAUUCCUCCUCUGGUGUGAUUCUUCCAGGUGACACCCAGCGAGUAGAGUUUAUAUUUAAAUCAGAUGAACCAGGCAUCAAAACAGAAAUUUGGCAGUUCAUCUCUCAUCCUGUGCUGCUGCAAGGAGCCUCCAUACAGGUCACGUUAAAGGGAGUGUCUCUGUACCGAGAUAAAACUGCAGAUGAGAGGCUUUUCAUAGAGCAGACAAAACUGGAAAAGAUAGUUCGGGAAAAGAUCUGUCGGUCGAUUGUGUAUGAGGUGCUCCAGGGGGUCCGCAGCCCAGAAAGACCAAGCUCUCCUGCAGAGCACUACAACACUACAGAGCAAUGGUUUCUGAGCAGGAACCCUAAGUUGCAGUACCUUGAUGAGCCAGUGGAGGGCCUAAAGGCACUGUGGCAAAAAUUGGAUCAAGGAAGCACCUGGGACUACUGUGUUGAUACACUCCGACUGGCUGUGCUGUCGCUGCCUGAUGAAGAGUCAUCUCAGGACUCCCUCAGAAGAGAAGAGGGUCUGGCCCAGCUCAACUCUUUAUUUCUGCAGCUUUCUGAGCCUUCUGGACUGAAACAUCACCUAACAGCUGCCACUAUAGGGCGGCAGCUGUGGAGAAAACUGCUGGACACAAUGACUGCCGAGGCCACGAAGCUCAAGAACCUGCUAGGCUUUUCAGAGAGAGAAACGUUGAUGGAUGAACCUGUAAUCACCGAUGCUGAUUUGGCUGAUAACAUGAACAAAGAAGUCAAGAGUGAUAUGAAGGACAGUGCAGCUGGUGCGAGAUCCAAGUUUAAAAAAGACACGUUGCCAACAACUAAAAAAACAGUGGAGGAUAAGAAAAAGAAGGGGAAAAGAGAAAAGGAUGUAGAAAAGCACACCAGGGAAAAGCAAGAGAAUGAAUCAGAGAGCGUCCCUCAGCUGCCUCCAAAUCAAACAAAUGUAAUGAAGAUGCCCAUUUUCACAAGGCUUCUGCACAGAAAGGUUUAUGCUCUAAUGGAAGAUCUAGCGGACAACCUAUGUGACCUGAUGGAUGAGCUUAAUGAGGAAGAUAAACAAGAAACACUUACUAAUAAGAUAUGAGAGGGGGGUCAUGGGAGCCUGUAAAAUAUUUGCAAACAAAUGUAAUAAAACGUCAUAAAGGAU